UUUGUCAGUGUGAGUGUCACAGCAAGUAAUUGGUCUGCAAAGAGUUUAAUGUAAAAGAGUUAAUUUACCAUAUUGCUCUGAGUAAUUUACAAUCAUCACACGAUUUAUAUUGUUGCUAUAAAAAUCCCAACAUAAAUAAAGUUCAUAAUUGUUGUGUAUAUUAUAGUAAUUGAAUUAAAGAGUAAAGACAUUCUUGAUUUGAAAUUCAAGUAUGAAGGCAAUCCUGAUUUUUGAUAGCGUGAAUGAUUUGUUGUAUUACAAAUGGGACGAAGAAUUUUUGCGCCGAAUGAAAUCUUUUAAUGACCAAGAAGCCAACGAAACAAUAACUGACAGCCACCAUGUCUCACAACUUUUGUCACCAAUUAUAACAUCUCAGCGUAUAAUGGCUGCUCAAUUUAGUAAUACCUACACAUCUAUGCAAUGCAAGGAUAAAACAUCUAUAGUUUUUGAUGAGUGGUUGGACCAUGUGUUUAUGAUUAUCGGUGAAGAUAGCGUGGAUGAUUCCCACAGAGAGCUGCUGGACUGUAAGACCUUAGUUCAGCAUAUAUGUGGACAGAAUAUUAACCUCCUUCAUUCAUCAGUUUAUCAAGAUUGGUUGUCUAUGCUCUUAGACAGCCGUUUGAAAGGUGAUUCGAUUCCGGGUGCAAGUGGUGUGAUUGGAGAGAGUGGUGCCACUAUAGCUGCACUUAAUGCACUUAAAACUGUUGCCAAAGAACUUAAGCCAUCUCACCCGCAUUAUCAUUUAAUGCUUUAUGUGGGGGACAAGAUGCUUGCGCUGUAUUCAAGCCGUGGCAGUGAAGAUCUAAUGCCACCAGAUUUAAUUUUAUUGAGCAUACAAUGCAUAGCUGCUCAGGAAUAUUGGAGAGAAUUGGAAAAAAAUAAUGACCCUGGAAAUUUGCGAUUGCCUUGGUUAUCGGAAGAAAAUAGUGCAAUAGUUCACAUGUGUGCGGGAAGCGGAGGCAGCCCUAGUGCGCCACACUCGUUGCAUCUUAUAGAAGUUGCACCAAGAGUCAUUUUUGUUGUGCUUAUUGAUAUGGAUUUGAGGGAUGUUGGAAUAGCUGCACACAUGUCUAGUCAGAUACUUACAAAUUUAAGACGAAUUUUGCUUCAAAGAAAUUUGGAGUUAUUACCAGCUUCUCUAGAUUCUUUAGAAGCUGCAUUGAAAAAGACGACCGAUUCUCUACGUAAAACGAAAGGCAAUGCGAACCUCUGUGCACGGCUUACAAGCAGAAUGUUGGAACUAAGGAAGUCAUGUACCACAACAACACCUUUAACGCCAGAAACAACUGCUACAGCCAUGCAUACAGCCUUAGAAGCAGUUAUUGAACAUCUGAAGCCAGAUAUACCAAGUCUUAAGCUGGAACAACCCUUGAAAGAUCUUAGGACAUUACUCGCACCAUAUAUAGAGUUCCUGCAAGUGAAAGCAAGGCGUUACUUCAGUUUGGGAUCGGGUGAGAUGGAAGGGAGUAGUUCCCUAACCCUGCACAAGUAUGUGGAAGAGUUUCCGGGGCUCAUUCACUUCAUCUACGUGGACCGGACCACGGGGAGGUUCUUGGCGCCCGACAUGGCGGACUGCGCUGAUAUGCUGACACCAGAUACUAUCCGCGACAUAAUGCGUCGCACGAUGUUCGCGCUGCGCGAGGGCUACGGCGCGGCGACGUGGCGGCGCGGCGCGCUGCACGUGUGCGCGGUGCGGUGGUGGGAGCGGCGCGGGCAGCCCGUGCGCCCCGCGCCGCACCACCCGGCCGCGCUGCGCGCGAUCGCGCCCGGCGACAUACUGGCCACGUUCUACAGACAACUUUUAGAACUUGUAUUCCCGAACGACCAUCAAGGAGUAAGCAUCAAAGAGCUUAUCUGUAUUCAUCUGGGUUUGCUACCAGCGUCUACUGCAGUGCAACAGGCGCGUCGACUCGCACAUUCCGUGUAUGAGAUGGCGGGAGAAAAUCCCGCUAUUGCUUCUGAUUUAUUGUAACAUUAUAACAUUAAACUGAAAAUUUUAUGACAUUCCUUGUAUUUCAACUAAUAAAUAAGAGUAAUAUUUAAUUACUUUCUUAAUUAGAUUUAUUAGUUAGGUAUAUACAGUUGAAUUUUUGAUCGACAAGUGUGGUGCAUCAUGUAGAAAUUUCCAAGCAGCAUAAUAAUUCUAAAAUAUCUUCGGAAUAAUAAUCAAUUUCAAUACAUUUUUUUAUUAAUAGAUUUUAGUGCCAGUUUUUCAAUUAUUCAUUAUCUUAUUCAUAAUUAAUUAUGUAAUAGGUACAUAAUUAAUUAUCUAUCGAAUUAUUAUUAAUUAUGUGAACAAAUAUUUACUUACAAGAUAUUAAAAUUG